AUGCAGUUCGCCGUCGUCCUCUCCCUCAUUGCUGCCGCCUCUGCAUCACUCCUUCCCAGAGCCCCGGCUUGUCCAAGCGCUAAAGGCUCGGCCUGUGGCAUCGUCUCUGCCAUUGGAAACUCUGUGACCUUUCCCCCCAAAUGCGUCAGCAAACCCAGGUGUGAGGGCGACGUCAGCUUUGCUGGAAUCACUGCCCAUGUUCAAAUCGGCGUGAACCUGCAGCUAGACGGAAGACCAGGUUGGACUGUGUCGACCAUGGCCAGCGGUGCCACGGGGUCGGAAAUGGCGGCCGCACGUAGCCAGCUUACAACUGCACAGCGGUCUGGAUUGACCUUGUACAUAGCUUUGAGUCCAAAGGCCAUGCCAGUCGCAAUACCAAGUCGCUCUCAUUCUCAGGUGGAUCACCAAUGCUCCCUACGCCGUGCCGUCCACCUGCGGAUCUGUGCUGCACCGAGGGUGUUUCUGCAAGCGCCGCCACCUAUCGCCAGUUCCCAGUUCCAGUAA